UUAUGCCCCUGACGCACACACACACACACACACCCCGACAGAGUGACCCAUGUUGGUUGUUGGUUCCGUUCACCCUGUCCCCACCUGACGAGUUGGGGUAUGGUGCUGUCUUCACCAGUGGGAACAAGAAGGAACAAGUAGACGUGUCGGGUGCGGCGCCCCUCCACCAGCCGGUGUGCUAAUCUCAGCUGCAGGGGAAGAGACACCAUGAUAUAAAAUGCAGUCAGCGAUCACUGAGAGGUCUCUAGCGCCCUCGUCUUUCCGGAAUGGCCUCUGCACGGCGGCUCGAACGUCUCGUCUCCACCCCCACUCGUCAGCAUCGAGACGAGCUGAUAGACGCUCGGCUGGACGAGGGCAUACAGGGCGACCUGAAGAGAAGGGACACACACAGACGCAUGAGAAACCUCCCUCCUCCCGCACACACGCAGCGGAAUAGGCUGACCUGGAGGGAAUCUGCCAUCUCCUCCAGAGUGCCGCGGUCCUCCGGCCACAGCUGCAAGUCCUUCAGCACGCGACAGGACGGACUCGACGUACUUGACUAUGGUCUCGAGGAAAAGCAUGCGGGACGAGCUGGCGCCCUCCAGCUUCCACACCUCGCUGCUGCCCUUGGCCUUGCGAGGACGGCCCUGCUCAAGGACAAAGAUCUCCGCAAGAGUCCGCUGCAGAAUGUAGGCAUCACAGCCACCAGAGACACACGCAAUCAGUACAGGGGGACUGCCGCGCUCGUGCUCUGUCUGACUUACCUCCCACUGAAAGAGCUUUCACCUGCCGAAGAUCAAGUCCUUGGUGAAGUCGCUCGCGCCCUCCCAUCGAUACAGGACAUCCACGAGAGGGUCCUUGAUCAUCGACUCGAGCAGCGCCAUGCCCUCGCCGAAGACGCACAUGACCUCGCCAUCCACAAUGAUGCCCUUGUGAUCACCCAUCGCCCAUCCACGCCUCCUGCACUCCUCCAGGUAGCUAUCCAUCACACAGUAGAGCCGGCGGCGAGACUCCCCUAGCUGCUGCCCCUGCCUGGCCCUGGCGUCUGCGACUUCCAUGGUCAGCGCCGACUCGGGCGCCUCUGCGAGCACCUUGCCGCCCACUGGCUGCCCGAUCCUCUUCUGCUCCUGCGUGUCGAAGGGCAGGUAGGCCACGGGGCGUUUUUUGUCCCGGCAGAAGUCUGGGGGCCGCUGGGGCUGGCUCAGGGCGUCGGCGUCGUCCACGGCGUCGUCCACGCGGAUCGUGUUGGCGAUGUCGAUGAACUUGGCCACCGAUGGAAUGCCGGGGAGCAGCGGAUCCAGCGGAUCGGCGUCGAACAUGGGUCGGGUCAUGCGAUCGACGGUGUCCUGCACUCACACAAACAAACAAACAAACAAACCAGCUGCAAAGAUCAGUACCGAUGCAGACAUAAAGCAUACCCGAUGGAUCAGGUAGUCGCUCCCCACGUGGUCGGUGCCAGCCAGGCCCAGCUUCAGCGCCCGCAUGCGGGCCCAAAUACUGAGAAUGUGGCCGGCUAGCAGCUUGCGCAAGCCCCCGACGACGAAGUUUGCCGCGUCCCUCCGGCGGCGAGGCUUCGCGUCAGCAGGCCCACCCUCGAGCUCCUCGCGCAGUGCGGGUAUGUUGCACUCCCACUGGAAGUCCAUGAUGAUCGUCCAGUCAUCACCUGACCGACCGACACACAGACACACAAGCCAUACACACACGGAUGGAUGCAUGCUGUGAUGCUCUGUGCCCGCCCCUGCUUACCAAGGUACUCCAUGGCCAUGACAUACUUGACCUUCUUGCUGUCGCCCACCGUCAGCACGCCACGUUUGGCGCCGUCGUAGUAGGGCCGCACGAAGGGCGUGUCCAGCCACCUGCGCUGGCCCUAUUGCAAGGUCGAGCUGGCCCUAUGGGAGAACGGGUUGAGCAAAGGACAUAGAGAACUGAUUGGGAGACGGCUCUAUUUUGAUGCUUCACUAUGCACAGCCGGCUACCUCUGUCGCACUGUUGCGGCCGCCCACGUUGCUGCCGUCGACCUGCUGGUAGACCGUCAUUUCGACGGUCUCCCUGCACACAGACAUUCAACACAUAUUCAACAGACACAUACCUGGUCCACAUGGGUGGGUCUCUGUGUGCAUCGGAUCUUCCUCACCGCAGGUUGCCGGGCCUGCUCAUGAGCCCCACCAUCUUGGACGUCCAUCCCUGGUCGUCGUCGAUGGCGGGCUGGGGAGGCAGCGGCAUCACCUGCUGGGGCUCGCAGGGCGGCAGGAGGGCUCGGUGGGCGGCCAGAAAGUGGCCGAAGCCUGGGCACACAGACACACACACACACACGCACACACGCACACACAUGCUAGCACAUGGGCGCGGGGUGAUGAAAUACCCAACGUUAGGGAGGGAUCUCUACUUGUCGAAUGGGACAACGGACAAGGGUGAGGAGAUUCAUUUAUGUCCGCCUGGGAAGAACCAGCCGUCUUGUCUCAUUCGGGCCCCUUACGCCUCUCGAUGACCAACGACUGAGACUGUCGACACAAGAAGAACAGGGGAGACAUCAUGCACACCAAAGUGCUCUGCAAUUCCCUUUUGUUCCUCUCCAGGCGGUACGACAUGAGAGGGAGGAGAGACAUAGAGAUAUAAAAAGUAGGCAGUGAUACUCAGGGCCGCUGCCCUUCUUCUUAGCCCCCCACAAGGCCGCCGAGGCAGCACCUGAGGCUGCUGGUCGGGGGAGGUUGACGGCCACCAUUGCUCGAGGCGGUCCCGACACCACUUCUUCCACCGCAUUGUGGCAUCUUGUGACUCGCUCCUGGCCUCCCACACGCCCCUCCGUGUGUACUCACACUUCCCCCCGCACCCCAUUCCACAGCCACCCCUCCAUCCAGCCGGCCUGCAUGGCCUCGGCGCUGUCGGGCGCCGGGCCGAUGACCUGCGGCCAUGCCGGGCUGGAAGGGCAGGUAGACCGGUGGCGGGGCUGAUAGGGAUGGGAGGGGGUUGCCAGGCGGCGUGUGUGGGGGCUCAGCAAGCCCAGAGGUGGCAGCCGGGGCGGCAGCGGGGGUGGAGGAGGCCGGAGGAGGGGCGGUAGGGCUGGUGGCCGCCCUGUGGCGCUCUGCCUUGCUGGCAGCCGCCACCUCCUCCGUGUCCUUCAGAGAGGCCUUCUUGGCCUUCAAGCCCGCCACUUCGGCCUGCAGGCGCGACUCGACGUUCUGAAAGAGACAGCAUACUGGCCAUUUGUGUCAAAAGACCUCUGAGUGGUGCGGCGCAUGUCGAAUGCGUACCAGGCGCUCUUUCAUGGCCUUUAUCUCGGCCUCCAGCGCCUCUAUGUGCGCCUUUAGGGGCACCUUCUGAGGAACGACACAACACAUCAAAAGAGAAGGAAUCGGUGUGCUCCACUGCACCAGACAGAGAGAGAAUGCAUUGGCUUUUGCAUUGGCUUGCAUACCUCUCUCUGCUUCUCGAGGCCCUGCGCCAGCUGGCCGCGGAGCUCUUCGUCAGUCAUGGCAGCCACGCGCUUCUUGAGCUCCUCCUGCCACAUAAACGGACACGUCACGGAAGCCAUGUAUUGUCAAUCCAACGGAACUCCCUCUCAAGUGUGAGGCUGCUUACGCCUGGGAACUUGAGGGCCAGCAGCUUGGCGCUCCUCUUGGCCGCGUUGAAGUCCCGGGUGUGGAGGUCAAUGUCCUUGGCAUCUGCCGGCGCCCUGGCGACGGCAGACGGCGGCACGUACAGCGCCAUGGGCGGGCGCUCACACAAAGGGGAUGAUACGGGGGUGCUCUGCGCUCACAGGUCAUCGCGUCAUGAUUCUUCAACUCGUUGUGUGUGUGUGUCUGUGUGGGUGUGGAGAGAAGAGCGUACCGACGGCGUGUUUGAGUCGGACGCGCUAGACCGACACUAUGGAGGUGUCGUCAGGCAACACGCCCUUCUCAGGCGCGUGGUGGUCCUUAAGGACAGAGAGAACUGAUUGGGAGACUGCUCUAUUUUGAUGCUUCACUAUGCACAGCCGGCUACCUCUGUCGCACUGUUGCGGCCGCCCACGUUGCUGCCGUCGACCUGCUGGUAGACCGUCAUUUCGACGGUCUCCCUGCACACAGACAUUCAACACGCAUCCAACAGACACAUACCUGGUCCACAUGGAUGGGUCUCUGUGUGCAUCGGAUUUUCCUCACCGCAGGUUGCCGGGCCUGCUCAUGAGCCCCACCAUCUUGGACGUCCAUCCCUGGUCGUCGUCUAUGGCGGGCUGGCCACCGGCAGCGGCAUCAUCUGCUGGGGCUCGCAGGGCGGCAGGAGGGCUCGGUGGGCGGCCAGAAAGUGGCCGAAGCCUGGGCACACACACACACACACACACACGCACACACAUCCUAGCACAUGGGCGCGAGGUGGAAUACCCAACGUUAGGGAGGGAUCUUUACUUGUCCUCUGUUCAACGACGUUCCACGCCAUGCAGACCCCUUCCUGUCGACUCGGAGGCGUUGGCAGCGUGGGCGUACCUGGACUGGUUGUGGAAGUACGUGUCGGUGGACACGUUGUCGCAGCACACGAGCGACAGCUUCACAAGGGCAGUCUUGUGGGCCUUCAGGUCCAUCAGCAGGGCCGUGAGCAGCUCCUUCACAUAGUCCUUAAUCUGCCAUCGGUGGUGCCUCUCUCCGCUGUCGGUGUUGAUAGUCUCGAUAGACGGGUAUUUACUACCAUCUGACAGACCACACAGCACAGCACAGCACAGCACACACACACAGGCAGUGUCUGUCAUGAAUGAGUGAUCCCUUGCCCUGUUUGUCCGUCUGCUCACCCAGGUAGUCCAUCCGCACAACCAGACAGGCCUGCUCCCCGCCGUUAUCCAUCAGCAGGCGCCCAGACAGCCCCCUGUCCGCCAGGACCUUGGGGAAGGGCGUGUCACACCACCGCAUCCCCUGGUCCUUGACGGUCUCCACGUAGCCGACGACAGCCUCGAAGCCAGGCACCUGGAAUGGCCAGCAACCAAGAAGGGUCCCUGUAGUUGAGAUUCAAUGACAUGUAUUCCGUUCCUCUGUUCAACCUAUUUUUGCCAUCUUUCACCCGCCGUCUCCUUGAUGUAGUUGAGCAACAGUGCCUCCUGAUGGGCGCCGAUGGUGAUCUUGUGCGUGUCCGGCACUCCACCGUCGGGCACAAGGAACAGGCCCCUCUUUCGUUGCCAUGGCCCUCGGACCACCCUGCCAGAUGUGCCUGUGCUCACCAU